GACAGUUGUUAAAAACAACAUUAUUAAUAAAAAGAAUGGACUCUACACCGAAAUUACCGGAAGGUUUCGCCCUUUUUAAACGCGAAACUUUAUUUUCAACCUCAGAAACCGACAGAAAAUGUAUUAAAACCACCAAUCACCUUCAAGACAUCUUCGGAAAAUACAAAGGCGAUUCUAACCUCGAAAUUACGGUAACGUUAACUCUUUGCAAAGAAAUCUUCAUAAACGAGUUAAAAAUCGACUACGAAAACGUUUCGUACUUAAUGAAAUACGGCCUUUCGGAAUGUUUGUGCUUUUAUUUGCAAAUUUGGAACGGUUGGACGAAUUCCUCGGCGACGUUCGAAGAUUUGAAAAGUUACAUAACCUCAAAAAUCAAAUUUCUCGUUGAGCACCAAAAAAAAUUCUGCAAACCGGCUAAAAACGUGAACGAUUUGGAGUUUUUAAAACGGCGGAACGAACAAGAUUGUUACACUUUAACCCUUGAAGGUGAACCAAGUAAAAUUAAUAAUAAACCUGCAAAACCUUACAUCAUCGAAGACGAUGAAAUACAACCUGAAUGGUUACCAUUAAACUUCUUAGAGUUCCUACAUUACCCCUAUGUUAACGUCGAAAUUAAUUUGCCAUAUAUACAAAUACGUAGAACUUCAAUUAUGGGGUAUCAACGACACGGUUGGAGCAACGAUUUUAAUUUUGAUGAUUUGAAACCUACGGGAGAUCCGAAUCAAAUCACUUCUAAAAAAAUUGACUCCCUAACUUAUAGGAAACAUAAAAAAAAGGAUAUUUUAGAAUUCAUAGUGAAAUUUUUAAAAUGUACCAAAGACCUUAGAGAUAAAAUUGACGUCUGUUACCAAUUAGGAGUCGUUUUUGAAGAAUUCUGUUUAGAUUUACAGAAAAUAGGGGAUGAGGAGAUGGUGGAAGUUCCUGCAAGUAUGGGUUGUCGUUACGGCGAAGAAUUUUAUGUGCGAAAUAAACGAGUUGUUCACAAAGAUAAUACGGGUGAUCCAGAUCCUUUAUAUUAUAAAGAAGUGCUAGUACCACAAGUUAUUCUCGCCAUAUUAAAAUUUAAACCCCAAUCGAGCUUGAUUUCAACACCCAAACAGCGAAAACGCUUUGUUGAUCAAGUAAACGAUUCGGUUGUGUUCAGCUGCUUGGAGUGCUCAAUAAGUUUUGGGAAAAGAGACAGUUUUGCGAAGGCAACUGAACAUUUUAGGAUUCAUCAUAAACCGGAAAGUACGUUUACUUGUUCGAAAUGUAGGAAAAAGAUUAAGAUUUAUGAUGUGUUAGAAAAUAGGUGGAAACAUGAUUGUAUAAAUAAUAAGAAUGUCUAAAAUAUUACUAAUAAAGUACUUAA